AGGUGUACCUAAUAAAGAAGCGAAAGCGAGCGUAACUGCAGCAGACAGUUAUACUGCCAUUUACACUAAGAGCUCCAUAGUGAAGGUGCUGAAUCACACCAAUGGCACAAUCAAAGGAAAGCACAGAGAAGAGCCUCAAGUCAACGUUCAAAGUUGUAAAAAAGUACAAAGAUGAAUUUUCUUUGAACAAUGUCAUGGAAGGAGAUGUGUUCGUUGUGAAACAUGAAAGAAACGUAGAGAACGCUGGAGUGUACACCGAUGAACAGAUUAUUCAGUUAAAAAAAGUCUCAACAGGAAUGUUCUACAACAGUACAGAGAUAAACAAAGUGAAUGUGGAUGCGUUCACUGGAGGAAAAAGUUUUGCUGUUUACAGGAAGAAGAAAGGAAUUCCUCAGUCAUUCAAGAAAAAUAUUGAAGCAGCAACGAGCAAAUGUCCAGAAACAAAUUUUCAUGAAUAUAACUGUAUGGAGUUUGUCAUGGAGCUUCUCGGGGUUUUUCUGCAGCCGAAUAAAUCAGAAUGCAGAAAGAUUGUCUCUGGCACUAAACCAAAGGGCUUCAAAGUUGUCAAAAACUACGCUGAUGACUACAAAAUAACCGCAAUGUUAGGAGACCUGUUUCUUGUGCGUGGUGGGCCAUUUGGCAGCAGUAACCUCCAUGCUGGUGUGUGCUACAGUGAAAAGGGCCCAAAAAUUAUUCAGCUCUUAGAGACCACAACCGUUCCAGGUGUCGUGAACAAAGUGCAUCUCAACGGGUUUUCUGCAGGCAUGAGAUAUGCAAUUUAUAGGAGUAAGAAGGGAAUCCCUGACUCAUUCAAAAAAAAAGUUGAUGAAGCAUUGAGCAGAAAGCCAAAUCAUCAAGAGGAACGAUACAGCAAUAUGCGUUUUGCCUUAGAACUACUCUUUGGAGAAUUGGAGGAAAAAGAAAGAGAUGUGGAAGAAUUGAAUGAGAUUUUAUUUGGUGACACUGAAUGAGUGCAGCUCUGUACAACCUGAAGAUUCUUCUUUAAAUUAUUAUUUUUUUUACUGAAAAUCUGCUAAUAGACCAUUUACUGUUUAUUUUCCUUUAGUUACACAUCAUUUAUUCUUAAAUCAGUAUUAAAUCCUAAAAUAGAGUUUCAUGUUUGAUUUUUUUAAUCGUCGUCAAUCUUCAACAGAUAAAAACAAACACAUGAUAAAAUAAAAUCUUUAACCGUUUUCUGAUUAUUGUGUUUUUUUAAUGCUCAGAGAUUUUUUUCUUGAGAGAAAGAAUUUUAAGUGAGUAUAAAUUCAAUUUUAUUGUUUUAGUUCAUAUCAUUACAUCAAAUAAAAUAAAACCAUGUUCACAAAUAUAAAAGCUGUGCUUAUGAGCUCAGUUUGUUUUUGUUAUUGUCUAGUCACCGUUUACGAAGAAGCAGAUCAAAGCAUCUGUGAUCUGUGUAACCAGUCUGUGUAACCAGUCUGUGUAACAAAUCUGUGUAACCAGUCUGUGUAACCAGUCUGUGUAACCAGUCUGUGUAACCAGUCUGUGUAACCAGUCUGUGUAACAAAUCUGUGUAACCAGUCUGUGUAACAAAUCUGUGUAACCAGUCUGUGUAACCAGUCUGUGUAACCAGUCUGUGUAACCAGUCUGUGUAACCAGUCUGUGUAACAAAUCUGUGUAACCAGUCUGUGUAACCAGUCUGUGUAACCAGUCUGUGUAACCAGUCUGUGUAACCAGUCUGUGUAACAAAUCUGUGUAACCAGUCUGUGUAACAAAUCUGUGUAACCAGUCUGUGUAACCAGUCUGUGUAACCAGUCUGUGUAACCAGUCUGUGUAACAAAUCUGUGUAACAAAUCUGUGUAACAAAUCUGUGUAACCAGUCUGUGUAACCAGUCUGUGUAACAAAUCUGUGUAACCAGUCUGUGUAACCAGUCUGUGUAACCAGUCUGUGUAACCAGUCUGUGUAACAAAUCUGUGUAACCAGUCUGUGUAACCAGUCUGUGUAACAAAUCUGUGUAACCAGUCUGUGUAACCAGUCUGUGUAACAAAUCUGUGUAACCAGUCUGUGUAACCAGUCUGUGUAACCAGUCUGUGUAACCAGUCUGUGUAACCAGUCUGUGUAACAAAUCUGUGUAACCAGUCUGUGUAACAAAUCUGUGUAACAAAUCUGUGUAACCAGUCUGUGUAACAAAUCUGUGUAACCAGUCUGUGUAACCAGUCUGUGUAACCAGUCUGUGUAACCAGUCUGUGUAACAAAUCUGUGUAACCAGUCUGUGUAACAAAUCUGUGUAACCAGUCUGUGUAACCAGUCUGUGUAACCAGUCUGUGUAACCAGUCUGUGUAACCAGUCUGUGUAACAAAUCUGUGUAACAAAUCUGUGUAACCAGUCUGUGUAACAAAUCUGUGUAACAAAUCUGUGUAACAAAUCUGUGUAACCAGUCAACAGUCAAGAGAAGGCUUUAUUUAAACAAACACAGAAGGUUUACCAUGUUUACAGUUAAACGUCUCUAGAUUCAUUUCAGAUUAUACGUCAUCAGAGGCCGCUUUGACCUACGUGCUGUCCGUGAUUAUGUCCAGGUACAGUAUAUAAUCUGGAAUAAAUUGAUCAGAUAUGUG